GAUCCCUAAGACUGUUGGGAUAUGUCUGAGCUGAUUCAGUUCUUGCUUUGAUUUUCAUCUGUUGGCUUUGAGUUGGUUUCCACAUUCUUUUUCUUUCCUUUCAGUAUCUCAAGUUUUAAGCUUUUCCGGUGGAUGUUUCAGUUGGAUAUUGAGAAAUUGGAUUUGGUACCCUCAUAGAAGAUGUCACAGAAGAGUAUCAUGCGGUCGUUAAAGGGAAUGAAAGAUGCGAUUGGGAACAUGUCAAAGAGGGGAGACCAAAGCAAGCUUUGGGGUAGCCGGACCAGAUCCUAUGUUGCUCCUGAUGAAGCACCAUUGGAACAUGUACUCACAGAGCAAAGCCCUUGGGCCAAUCUACCACCUGAAUUGCUCUUGGAUAUCAUCCAGAGGAUCGAACAGAGCGAAACCGCUUGGCCUGCUCGAGCUGUCGUCGUCUUCUGUGCUGCAGUUUGUAGAUCUUGGAGGGAAAUUACGAAGGAGAUUGUGAAGACUCCCGAGCAAUGUGGAAGACUCACAUUCCCCAUCUCAUUGAAACAGCCAGGUCCUCGGGAGUCUCCGGUUCAGUGCUAUAUUAGAAGGGACAGAACAACUUCUACAUAUCUUUUGUUCUGUGGUCUGGUGCCUUCUGAGGGAGAGAGAGAUAAAUUGUUGUUGGCAGCCAGAAAGGUCCGAAGGGCAACGUGCACAGAUUUUGUUAUAUCUUUUGUUGCAGAUGAUUUUACUAGGGCGAGCAAUAUGUAUGUUGGUAAACUAAGGUCUAAUUUUUUGGGUACCAAGUUCACUAUAUAUGACAGUCAACCUCCAUGUGACUUGAUAAUCCCGUCAACUACUCGACCUAGUCGUAAAUUUCACUCUAAGCAGGUGUCUCCAAGAUUACCUGCAUGCAACUACAGCAUUGGUUCUGUUACCUAUGAGCUCAAUGUUCUACGUACACGAGGACCAAGGAGAAUGCAUUGCAUUUUGCAUUCGAUUCCCAUCUCUGCUAUUCAAGAAGGAGGCACUGCUCCAACACCAUUAGCCCUCCCCAAAUCCUUUGAUGAACAACUUUGUCCCUUGAGUUCAAAAGGAAAGGAUCUGAUCAUAGAUCCCAUCUCUCCAAGCCUCUCAGCCACACCAGUAUUCUCCUCGGGCUCAGCAGAACCAUUAGCCCUUAAAAACAAGGCUCCUAGAUGGCAUGAACAGUUACAGUGCUGGUGCCUUAACUUCAAGGGGCGUGUGACAGUGGCCUCUGUUAAGAAUUUCCAGCUUGUUGCAGCUGUUGAGCCAUCACAUAAUGUAUCACCUGAAGAGCAAGAGAAGGUAAUCUUACAGUUUGGAAAAAUCGGCAAAGACAUCUUCACCAUGGAUUAUUGUUACCCUCUUUCUGCUCUUCAAGCUUUUGCAAUCAGCCUAAGCUGCUUUGACACCAAACCAGCUUGUGAAUGAUCAUCACAGGUUGAGAUCUACAUCACUGAUGUCACCAUGGAUAAUUAGUAUCCUUCCUUCCUU